AUGGCUCCGACUGUGCCUACUGUGAAGCUGAACAAUGGCCGUGAGAUGCCGUUGGUUGGGUUUGGUCUUUGGAAGGUCAACAAUGACACCUGCGCCGACCAAGUCUACAACGCCAUCAAGACCGGCUACCGGCUAUUCGACGGCGCCUGCGACUACGGCAACGAGGUCGAGUCCGGCCAGGGCGUGAAGCGCGCCAUUGACGAGGGCAUCGUGAAGCGCGAGGACCUCUUCAUCGUCUCCAAGCUGUGGAACUCCUUCCAUGACAAGGAGCACGUCAAGCCCAUCCUCAAGAAGCAGCUCGCGGACUGGGGCCUGGACUACUUUGACCUCUACAUCAUCCACUUCCCCAUCGCGCUCAAGUAUGUCGACCCCUCCGUGCGGUACCCACCCGGCUUCUUCUACGAGGACAACAAGCUCGUGUUCAGCAAGGCCUCGCUCGAGGAGACCUACCACGCCAUGGAGGAGUGCUACGAGGAGGGUCUCAUGAAGUCCUUUGGCAUCUCCAACUACGUCGGCUCUUUGGUCCUCGACGUCGAGCGCUACGCCAAGCACCUCCCGCAAACCCUCCAGAUCGAGCACCACCCCUACCUCGUGCAGCAGGACCUGGUCGACCUGUGCAAGUCCCGCGGCAUCGCCGUCACCGCCUACUCUUCGUUCGGCCCCAGCUCCUUCCUCGAGCUCGACAUGAAGCGCGCCCAGGACACGCCGCUGCUGCUCGAGCACGCCGACAUCAAGAGCAUCGCGGACAAGCACAACAAGACGCCCGCGCAGGUGUUGCUCCGGUGGGCGACGCAGCGCGGGGUUGCUGUCAUCCCCAAGAGCAACAACCCGACUCGUCUGGCGCAGAACCUGGACGUGUGCAGUUUUGAUUUGACCAAGGAGGAGAUUGAGAAGAUUAGCUCGAUGGAUAAGGAUUUGAGGUUUAACAGCCCGCCGAACUACGGCAUCGAUAUCCCCAUCUACGCAUAA